UAAUUAAUAAUUUAAGAAUAAUAAUUGGGUAGUUCGUCUACAUAAUAAAACUCCCAGAACACAGUAAGAUCAACUGAUUGAUUAUUACAAUACGGUUCUAUCCCACUGUAAGAAACGAAAUUGCAAUAACUUUUCUUGCUUAUGAAGCUUUUCUAGUACAGCACGUGUCUGAUCCUUCAUAAACACUGUUUUUGUUUUUUUAUGCUGUUGGCCAAUUCACUCAAUUUCAUUGAUCGCCACUCUGUAAUUUCCAGGUUCUUCUUUAUUUUCGUUGGCUCCCUUAGGUUCUGACUUUUUUAUUUAUAUUGCUUCUUUCAAGUUUAUUUCUUGUUCUUGAUGAUUAUUGUACAGUUUCUUGAAGUGGGUUAAUGUUAAAAUCAUGAUUAGUUCAUGUGGGUCAUCUGUUUUUGGAGUUCUUGUAGUAAAGAUUGUAUUUUGAUUAUUAUGGGUUUCAGAGCUGUUCGUUCUUGGAGUUUGAGUAGUCUUAUAAAGGCUUUUAUUGAGCUUUCUAUUGCUUAUACACUCUUAUGUGGAUCUCUUUUUUCAUUUAUACCAUCUAAAUUAUUGAGUGCACUUGGACUUUAUUUUCCAUGUCCUUGUACUGGCUUUUUUGGCUACCAAAACUAUGAUCUGUGCUUUCACAGACUGUUGAUAGAUUGGCCAAUUACAAAGAUUGCUACCAUUCAGGAGUUGGCUAAGACUAGAUUCCCUUUUGAUUUGAUUUGGUUUGAUCACCAGUCUUGUAAUUUGCAUGUGGAAAGGAUUGGAAUUAGAAACUGUUCAAAUGGGGUUUUUGUGGUGGAGGGAGAUGCUUGUUCUGGUUCAAUUUCGGGUCCAAUAUGUGAAAGUUCUGUUGAUAAGGAAUUUGAAAGUGAUUUGAAGGGGAAGAGAAGCUUGAAUCAGAAGCAAAAACCCGGGGUUCGUCGGCGGAGAAGAGCUGCUCUUGGAUAUGGUAAAAACUUCCCUGCUACAUCUUUUACUAGUACAGGCACGAAUCUAGUAGGUGUAGGAAUUCCCUACCAUGUUUAUGAUGGCAGUGUUAUGAGAACUGAGUUUAGUGAUUGCUUGGAUCCUGGAAGUGCAGUGGAAGAUGGUUUUGUAGGUGAUCAAAAUGCUCGAAACAGCAGUAUUUUUAGUCAAAGCACCGCGACUAAUUUUGAAUAUGAUGGAUCCUAUUGGAAGGGUAAAGACAUUGACAAGGAUUCAGCGACUGUUGAAAUUGAAGCAAAUGUGAUUCGCCAGUUGGUACAAUCACUUGAAGAAGAGAAAGUUGCCCGUGCAGCUCUUUAUCAGGAGUUAGAGAAAGAGAGGGCUGCUGCUGCAACUGCAGCCGAUGAAGCCAUGGCCAUGAUAUUACGGUUGCAAGAAGAUAAGGCAUCUAUUGAAAUGGAAGCGCGACAGUAUCACAGGGUGAUAGAAGAAAAAUUUGCUUAUGAUGACGAAGAGAUGAAGAUUUUUAAAGAGAUUCUUAUUAGGAGGGAGAGGGAGAUUCAUUUUCUAGAAAAGGAAGUUGAAGCUUAUGAGAGGAUGAGCUUUUUGGGAAAUGAGCAGGCGGAAGGUGAUUCAUCCUAUCAGAUAAACGACGAAGAGCAGGGCUCUUCACCUUCAGUUAAUUCAAUUGAUGAGAAGGGAAUGGGAAGUACUGCAAAACGGCUAUUGUAUAAUGAGCAAAGCCAAGCAUUGGGGGAAGAAAUGAUAAGUGUGGACUUAAUCUCUGACUUAUGCGUGUCGCAAGAUCUGGUGCAAAGCACUGAUAGUGUAGCAGGAAAACAAGAAACCGAAAGGGAUAUCCGCAUGAUAUCACCUAAAAAAAGUGAUACUAUUGAAGAAGAACUAGGAAAAGAUGAGGACCAUCGGAAUCAAUUGGGCUGCAAGAUACAUAGUUCUAUACUCGAUUCAGAAUCAACUGUUUAUGAUGUUCAUGUUGUUGAUGCUACAACAAGUGUUCAGAGUGAUAAACUUUUGAGUGACUGUUCGAAUAUGACCAUGGCAGAUAUUGAGCCCAUUGUCCGUGAGAGCAGUUUUGAUAUGCAUAACAUAUCCCUAGUGUCUGGUAAUUCUUCAUGCAAAACCGUUAACUUUGAUUCACAGAGGCGGUCUCCAUCUCCAAUUGAUGGUGAAAGGUUAAAAAUUGACAAUGAAGUUGAAAGGCUAAGAGAGAGGCUGCGUAUAGUGCAAGAGGAAAAGGAGAAGCUAACUUUCUCAGCAGAGCACAGGGAAAUAGUAAAUACACAGCUUAAACUGGUGGAGGACGUAUUGAACCAGCUUCGAGAGAUUCAGCAGCUGAGAGAGCCCACGCGGCAUGCUUCUUUACCGACAUCAUCUUCUAAGGCAAGCUUGAAGAAAAGACAUCAUCGAAGUCCGUCAUACGAAGGCAUUGAAAGUAGUUAAAUCAUCAAAUUGGAUCAAGAAAGGAAUCAACGGAAUCAAGAAGAAUCUGCAUUCGUCAGGUUUGUCUCGUUAAUGUGUCUUAGGAUAGUAGCCACGGAGCUGUAAAUUCACCUCUGUAAAUUCAUGUCAAUUAACGGUUUGAUUCGUAAGCUAGCUGUGUUGAUCUUUGAUAUUGUAGUUUUAAAUAAAAAUCUUGGUUUGUAAAUUUCAAGAUGAAUGGAAACUACUUAGUUCUGCA